CACUUAAUGGUUUUCUUUUGGUCGUUUUUCUUCCUUGGGCCACUGAUUCGCAGUAUGGGAUAUUGCAUAUGGUAUGGAAGGAUGUAUGGCACAGUCUUCUUCAUAUGCACGCCUGUCGACCAUAUAUGGUUUAAUUUGCUUUCUGCUUUAUAUUAUGCAAGCGGAAAAGUGGGAUAACCAAAGCGAAUUUUUCUAUUCUCAAUCAAGGCUGGUGUAGGUCACCUCUUUUUGGUGUCGAACUGCCAUUUGCAGCCAUCAGAUUGAGACUGCUAUUUUAUUUCCGGGAAGGUCCGUAAAAAAGGGCAACCAGGGUUCCAAGGUACGUCGUCGGCA